AGACAUACACACCAUAGAGCCACCACAAUGGAAUUUGUAGCUAUUCUUCUUGGUUUGCUCUUAUCCUACGCACUAAUCCGAGCCACUUUCUCACUUUUUGGGGUUGGCAAACAGAAGAACCUACCUCCAGGCCCAACCCCGCUGCCGAUCAUCGGAAACCUCCACUUGCUUGGCCAGCAGCCGCACCAGUCUCUAGCGAAGCUAGCCAUAAUCCAUGGGCCAAUAAUGUUGCUAAAACUUGGUCGCAUCACCACACUAGUCAUCUCCUCCGCAGCUGCAGCAAAAGAAGUCCUCCAGAAACAAGAUCUUGCUUUCUCCACCCGCUAUGUCCCCGACGGCCUCCACGCCCACAACCACUCUCAAAAUUCCGUCGUCUGGAUCCCCAUCGGCCCCCAGUGGCGGACCCUCCGCAGGAUCCUCACCUCCAACAUCUUCUCCGGCAGCUGCUUGGAUGCCAACCAGCACUUGCGGGCUCAGAAGGUGCAGGAGCUGGUAGCGUACUGCCGGAAAGCCAGCGAGGCCAAUGAGUCUGUGGAUAUCGGUCGUGCUGCUUUCAGAACCUCGUUGAAUCUCCUCUCAAACACCAUUUUCUCCAAGGAUUUAACAGACCCUUAUGAAGAUUCGGGUAGAGAAUUUAAGGAAGUGGUCGGAAAUAUCAUGAUGGAGGUCGGGAAGCCAAAUCUUGUGGACUAUUUCCCAGUGUUAAAGAUGAUAGACCCACAAGGGAUCCGAAGGAGAUUGAUGCGUCAUGUUGGGAAGGUUAUUGAGAUUUUUGAGGAGUUGAUCAAAGAGAGGUUGCUGAUGAAAAGAUCACAUGAAGCAGAUGUAUUGGACUUGUGUUUAAAAAUCAGUGAAGAUAAUCCAGAAGAAUUCAACCGGGAAGUCAUCCGGAGCAUGUUUCUGGAUUUGUUUGUCGCCGGUACCGAUACAACUUCAAGUACGUUAGAGUGGGCCAUGACAGAAGUCCUACGCAACCCACACACCAUGGAAAAAGCAAAAUUGGAGCUUGAACAAUGCAUUGGUAAAGGAAAAUUAGUAGAAGAGAAUGAUCUCUCAAGGCUACCAUACUUAUCAUCCAUUAUGAAAGAAACUUUAAGGAUACACCCACCAAUCCCUUUCUUGGUUCCUCGGAAAGUUGAUAAUGAGCUAAAAAUCAAUGGCUACACAAUCCCAAAAGGCACACAAGUUCUUGUUAACGCAUGGGCCAUAGGGAGAGAUCAAAGCAUCUGGGAGGAUGCUUUGGAGUUCAAACCAGAAAGAUUCAUGACUUCAGAUAUUGAUGUUAGAGGUCAAGAUUUUGAGCUGAUUCCUUUCGGUGCUGGACGAAGAAUAUGCCCUGGUUUACCACUUGCAACACAUAUGAUACCUAUGAUGUUAGGAUCAUUACUUAAUAACUUUGAUUGGGUUCUUGACAAUGGUAAAUCUGGGGAGUUAGACAUGACUGAAAGGUUUGGAAUCACCAUACAAAAGGCUUAUCCUCUUUGUGCAACUCCGAUACCGUUAUUAAAAUGACAUGCAGAGUUGAAACAAGUUUGAAUUUCACAGGUUUUAACCUUGGGGCGGUAUGUCAUUCAAAAGAGAAAUGAAAAAGUUAUACAAAUUUGGUAAACCAACUUUAAUAAAAUAGGGUUGUAUUUCCUUCUUGACCAAGAAUCAAUGGAUCGACUAAUUAUGCUUUUGAUACAUAUGGAAAAUAUAUGUUUGUAACAUAAGAAGCAAGUUUCAAGCUAGACAAAAGAUUAGAUUUGUGUCUGAUAAGUUGGUAGGCAACAACGUAUGAUAAGUUGGUAGGCAACAACGUAUAAUGUAAAUGAGAGUGUCACAUUGUAACACCAAAUUUCGAAAAUGUAAUAAUAUUUGGUUUAUAAUUAUGGAAAUA